UGUCUGCUUUUGUCAACGACAGCCAGCCGAGUCAGACAGUCGUUUCAUUUGGUUUGCCCGUGGUGCUAGCCAGCCAGCAACAACCAACCGCCUGAAUGUAGAUCCGCAUGGGCUACUCCUACUUUAUCUCUCCAAAUAACCCAGCGGAAACAUAAGACAAGGAUCCCAGGAUGGUGUUAGUGCAUGUCGGAUAUCUGGUUCUUCCUGUAUUCGGCUCAGUAAGAAACAGAGUAUGGAGGCUGGCUCUACAUUCUGCAUUUAUCAGAUCUUUGUCGUCCCCCCCAUUGUGUAGCUAAUGAUCAUCUGCUGCUGUGUGGUGUGGCGUGGCCUCUGCCUGUUCUCUGCAUUUAGCUGUAUUGUGAAUCCCUUCUUCAUUUCCUCUUUCCAUCAGAAGACGACAUUGGUAUUAAAAAGCACCCCUCCCGAGAUGUAUUCAGCCAUAGACUUUCCAUGUUAAACAGACUAAAAAUUAGCUAACACCUAGAACAGAGCACCUUUUUUGUCUUUUUUUCUGUCAAUUUGCUGUAGCACUGAGUAAACAUUUAGCUCCUUUUUAGAUAUCAGUUGAAUGUCAUUGUGUACCUCCCAUCCAGUCUUUAUAGACAACAUGCUGUAAAUUCCUGUAAAGUGGAUACAUUUUGCAUGACUUCAAAUACUGCACUGCAUUGUUGAACACCAGAAUUUGGCUCAUCCUCCUCUUCUUCACACAAGGUGCAAUGUACAUGAUGAAACUGACCUCCAAUUGACCAUAGCAUGCAAAUUGGGACCACAUGCAUGCCAUUUGUAUUGACCAAGCCUGAACUCAUCAUUUCGGCAAAAAAUGUGAUCUAUUGAAAAAUUACUAACGGUACACUGCACCUGCACACAACAACCUGUCAUAACUGUCUCCAUUUUUGUGUAAUCGUUUUGUUCCCUUUGCAAAUUUCAAGCUUUGAAUCACACUGAAUUGUCGGGGCCAUUUGCCCUCUAAGGGCAAAUGAAACAAUAAACAUACAAGUAAGCAAAAUGUGCUCACUGGUGGUUCAUCACUUCCCAAUUUCCCCACUAACAUAAGGCCAAAAUGCUAUCCAUUUCACAGGGAUGCCUAUUUUCCUGCACUGCUAAAGAGAUCCUCUAUUAGUAAUAACGUCUUUAUUGUUUGGUUGUGGUCUCUCUUUACCUUUUGUUCUGGUAAUAGUACUUUCAAUGCAUGGUCACAUUUAUGAUUCAUAAUUUUUGGUUUUUGUUUUUCUACAUUGACUAGUUAAAAUCCAAUGUAAUCUUUCUGUAGUAAAGAUGUAUCCUGCUGUACUGGAAUCAUGUGCUGUAGCCAACACGUCUGCUCAUUGGAUGCCGCUUUUGUUCUUUUUAACCCUAUAUGGAGCAUGGUGGGCCUUGCCUUCAGUCUAUGUUGUUUAUUUUUGUUGCAUGGAUUUAUACUAUUAUUACAAACAAACAAGAAAGAAAACACAAAUUUCACGUAUACUAAUAUUUUUUCAAUAAAGAAUAUAGUGUUUUUCCUAACCUUCAGUGUGCUUCUUGCUGAUUCCAUUUAUUGUCCUCCCUCUCCCUUGUCCCUACCUGCCCCCCCUCCCCACCACCCCCCACCCACCUCCUCCCCCGCUGUGACAAAGAUAGACGAUUUCCACGCUUCCUCCAUCACAGGGCCUGAAUAAGUCUAUCUGCUGUCAUUCAUGGUGAUCGUUUCACUGAGACGCCUGAAAAUGCAGUGUGUAACUUGCAGUCUAGACUUGAGCCUUUGACCCAUGUCAGCAAGGUCAUUGCUUCUCUGCUCAGCUACACUGACGACUGUCAAGCUGAAAAUAUUGCUGGAAAGCCAUACUCCUUAUAUUCUUGGGUGUUACAAAAUCACACUGCAUUUUUCAAGCGUACUCUUAGUAAAUGCAAUGUAGACUUUGCCAAUUUCCUUGUGAUUAAAAAGGAUCCUUCCACUGUUUACACAGAACUCAUGGUUUUUAAAACUAUUAAAGACUAUUAAGGUGUCCUAAAACCUAACAAGCAAUACACAUUUUUAGUCUCUAAACUCAUAGACGACUGUAAAAUUCACUGCCUAGUGUCUGCUCAAUGGAAAAAACGGAGCACUCCAUUGCAGGCCUUUUGGGGCUUUCAUUGGCCAGGGUUUCCUCAAAAGUUUUUAAUCAAGAUGAAAUUUGUUAUUCCACUUUUUUCAGCCAUUCUUAAAUCAAAAUGUUCUUUCUAAGCUUAAGUGCACUAUUAAAAACAUAUUGAACCAAAGCAUAACUAGUCUUUUUCUCCUUGUCGAGUCUCGACAGCAGUCUGUUCACUGUUCUUGCCAAAUAGCUGUGGUCGGGGAGAGUAAAAAAAAAAGGCAUUCAAGUUAUUUCCUCUCAACUCCUGAAUGUUCAUAUGGGAGAGAAUUCAGCGGAGCUUUAUUGCAUGUGUAAGAAACAAAAGAUACAGUUGAUUUGAGUGGUAUCUAUUCCCUGCUUUCAUUUUUUUUUUAUGAAGGAAAGAAUUGUUUAAGGUCAUAUGGCACCAAAAGUUUAAUGAAUGUCUUACAGAGCACCAAGUAAAUGGGGUUUCUGUUGAGGGCACUGACCCACUGUCAGCUGCAAAAUGUACAAGAACUGAGCUGCGCUGAAUACCACAUACUGGUAGUUGCAGACUUCAUCUGUUCUGAUCCAGUUUCCUUGUCUGUGAAUCAGAAGACCCAGGAGUCGAACCAGAAGUUGGAAAUGCAAUUAAAGAGAGCUCACGUUCUGUACAGGACCAAAAAACUUGGUAUUCAUUUUCAUGGCACUUGUGAUAACCAUUUUCCACCCCACAGAAGUAUUUUUCACCCUAGGUAAGAGGUAGGGCUUCAUUAACAUGCUAUAUCACACACACAGUGACACCACAUUUCACCCACAAUUAAUUCCAGCUAAUCUGUCCUCUCAGGUGCCUGACGACUUCUCCUUAUCCUCCACAGGAUCCCAUUUCAACCGGCAACAGCAACAGCAGCAGCAGCAGCACAGCCAUGCUACCUCUUGCCGGCACUUCCAGUUAGGUCCUCAGGCCCCGCUGCCCAUGGACUUCCCCAUGCCCCACCCAGGGCAGCCACAGUCAGGCAUUAACCCCCACCUGGCCCCUCCCGGCCACCAGCAUGGCCCUCCACUCCACCCACCCCUCAACCCCCUGCCCGGCCCUCAGUUCCAGGACAUCCCUGCCCCUCCCUUCCUACCUCAGGCAUUACACCAGCAAUACCUCCUCCAGCAGCAGAUCCUCGAGGCUCAGCACCGACACAUCCUGCCACCCUCCAGUAGACGCACCCCAGAGAGAGUUCCUCACCAGCCCCACAGACUGCGGCCCGGUUAUGAGUUUGCUCCCCCGCUUCACGUCCCGCCUCAGCCUGUGGUGCAGCAGCCCCGCUACCUAGCUGAAGGAACAGACUGGGAUCUAAGCGUCGACGCUGGCCUACCCCCUCACCAGUACCACAUCCAUCCGCUGCCGCAGCACUAUCAGCACUACUUGACCUCUCCGAGGAUGCACCACUUCCCCAGAAACAAUGCCUCAACACAAGUGGUUGUCCAUGAGAUCAGAAACUACCCAUAUCCCCAGCUGCACUUGCUGGCUCUGCAGAGUCUCAACCCCUCCCGCCACGCGUCUGCUGUUAGAGAGAGCUACGAGGAGCUUCUGCAGCUGGAGGACAGACUGGGCAGUGUAAACCGAGGAGCGGUCCAAACCACCAUAGAGAGAUUCACUUUCCCCCAUAAGUACAAAAAGAGAAUACCCCAGGACCUGAAGAUGUGUCUGGAUGAUGAGGAGCUGGACACCGACGAGAAGUGCACCAUCUGUCUGUCAAUGCUGGAGGAUGGAGAGGAUGUCAGGAGAUUACCCUGCAUGCAUCUCUUCCACCAAGCGUGCGUGGACCAAUGGCUGGCCACCAGCAGGAAAUGCCCUAUAUGUAGGGUGGACAUUGAGACCCAGCUGACCCCCGACAGUUGAUAGCUCGCGUUGACUCUCGCAGCUUUGGAUCUGGUCUUGUAAUUCUCCAUUGCCUCCCUUCCUGGGGGAAGCUCUGCCAAACACCCUUCUUCUUCCCUUCUGCAUCACUCAAUGAGCCUGCCUUCUAAGACAGCUGUGACAGAGGGAUCAACAAAGCACACUCACCUACAACACAACGAGGAAUUGGGGUUGAUGCAUAGAUAGGUGGCUGGACUGAAGGUUGGUUGAAUGGACUUGGCUGGAUGCUAAAGGUAGGAGCGGAAAACGUAUGGACAGAUGUGCUGAGGCUUCAUGCGACACUGUCAGAUUGUGUACCCUGUGUGCAUUUCUCCAUACAGCUAACAAGAAAUGACACUCUGACUACCAACCUCCCCAGCUCGUGUGGUGUAUUAGGGCCAUUUCUCUGCCACUAAACCCAAAACUCUUCCCAGGCCUGUGAAAAAUCCUUUAAGCUGCACUCUGCCCAAGCCCUCAGCACAUCUGUACAGAACAUUAUCAAAAUGAUUAGCAUGAGGUUGUUUGGUGUGAAAUCUUGUAGCUGAACGCUUGUGGUGUUAUGGAGUAUAGUACUGAAUAAGUAUUUACAGAGUAACAGUGUUGUGUAGCAAGCAAAAAGCCUUUGCUUUCAGAAAUAUGUUUGUGAAAAAUAAAACUAGAGGGUGACUACAGCUGUAACAGUGCGAAUAUUCAGUGUGGUGAAACUUCAUAGGCAAUGAAGAAAGAGCUAGUCAUGUAAAAAGGCCAAAAAUCCCUCGUUGUUGUCUAACAUGGUUUUGGAUUUCCAGUUAGUAGCCAUCAGAGUUGAUGCUAAACCGCUAACUGCAGGCAUGGCUUUCAGUGAUCUGUGUAGUGUCGUAGUAGGGCCUCUAUAAUCUAGAGCAGAGGCCUCAGAUGUGCAUGCUGUAUGGCAGGCUUGGGCUGUGUUGUUAUUGUGGAGCAGUAGAAACAGGGACUGUGUCUGUGCAUGUGAACCAUAUACUCUGAUGACUGAUGAUCCCACUCAUUCAUAGAGGAGGACAAGAAUGCACCUAACACCCUUCCCCACCCCCUUACACCCUCUCCCAACUCAUCUCAAGUAGACCAAAGUUGCCCUCAGACGCAGAUCUAAACCCCGUGUGUAGCGUUCUUUCCUAACGUUAGGACUCACAGAGCUGCUCGUAGGUGUGCGUCUGACGGCAACUCCUCUCUGUUGCCUCAUUCAUGGCAUGAUCAUGAGAGGCCGGCAUGGGCUUGAGGAUGCAGUGCCUGAGUCUUGCCAUCAAAGGAGAGAAAAAUCUGACAUUUCUAUUACCUAUUACCAGAACCUUAUUGCCUAUCGAACAAGCACAUGUGAUUUCUAUAUACAGUGAAUCGCCUCCGUUGUGUAUCGGCUCCUUUCAUUUCAAUCUAAGUUGCUCCCACUGUUUGAUAAAAAGACUGUGUCUGGUGUUACAGGGAAAAUAAAAACUAGUUUGCCUGUGAUAUGUGCUAGAAUGUGUAUGAUUGUCUCCCCCUCCCAUGGUAGUAGUGUAUGGUAUUGCUAGAACAACUGUGAUAUGUUCAGUGAUAGAAGCCGUUUUUCUAUAUAUCAUGCAUGAACCAUGUUGGCGUAGUUCACUUGAAGGAGUGUGAAAGGGAGAAAAAGCCAUCCAUUUGAAAAAUACCAAACAAAUGUUCUUAACAUUAAGUUUUAAUUUUAUUUCAACUUGUCUUUCUGCCAUUUGUUUCCUUCUCUUAUUAUUGUAUUUUUUUUUUUUUUAAUUUAAUUUAAUUUUAUUUCUGCUCACAUGCCAAUCUGGACAUGGUACUAGUACGCCGAGUCCCUGUCCAUUUUAACCAUAGUGAAGAAAAAGCUGCAAUGCUGCAAAAACAUUAAAUGUUGUUAUAAUGUAGCUUGUGUUUGUAAAUGCACUAUAAUAUGGAGUUGCCUGAUUUUGGUUUGGUGGCGUGGGUUCUUCUUGUCCUAGAUUUUGUGUUUCUGUUCAGUUACAAGUAUUUUCAUGCUUCCUUGUGUAUUAUUGGAGGGUGACUGUUUGUGUUGCUUUUUUUUUUCUUUUCGUAUGAAACCUCCAUCCAAAAAAUUACAGAUGGAUGAAAAUGGAGGUUUGCUAGUUUCACAUAGAAUGCUGUGAUUAAAGAUGCCUUAAGUAUUUAACAAUCAUUAUUUAUUACUAACUGUAGCUAGCUAGCUAUUGUGGUGGAAUAUUUAAUGUCUCUAUCUCAUAACUUUGCAAUUUAAUCAAUAUAUUUAUUUAAAAUAACACAAAAUAUUAAAAAAAACAAUACCUCAUUAUGCAUUGGUCGGUGGGGAUGCUUUUGCAUGCCGUCUGUGUUUUCUUUUUCAAAGGAGAAAAAAAAGAAACUUGUUGAAAAAUUGAGUGGGGGGUGUUCCCAACACAUUUUCUAGCCAGCAUGGUGCUGUUGAUCUGGACGACAUUCCAUUCAUGACAUCUUGAUUUCCUUUUUCUUUUUCUUUUGUGAAUACCAUCCUCUGCUUUAAUCCAAAGCAGAUGGUGGGGUACAGCCCCUUUUGUCUUUAUGGCUCUACAGUAGAAUUCGCUUGCUGUUGUUACGAUACUGCGUUAUAUCCCAUUAUCAGUCAUAUUUGAUUUUUUUGUUUUGUUUUGUUUGUUAAAUGUGUUCUUUAUAUUCAAUCAUAUCUGGAUCUCAGUUUAGUGCUUAUUACUUUAGGACCCACAUAAUGUGCUGUACUAUCUGUUCUUAUGUAUUGCUGGCAAUUGCUUUGUGUGGGAUUUCGGGAAGUAUCUAACAUGCUAACUUGAGCCAUUGAUCUUAUUGAGCAAAUUUCUGGUGUACUGUGGUUAUACAAUAUAGAUAGCGUGUUUUACACCUGGGUAUAAUAAGCUAACUACUACGUUUUCGGUGUGCAUUUCUUAUUAAUACUCUACUAAUCCUGCAAAUUAUUAUAACAUGUAUUGGAUUGGAAUGAAGCUGGCUGGUCUUACUAUUAUUUCAUUUCGUGCUCUCACUGGCCUUACCCCACGUUCUCCACAGUGUAUCCCAUUACUCCAGAGCGAACUGGACAGUAGCCAUAGUAUUAACUCAAGCUGAUGAACCGGAAUGAACAGUAGAACUUAAAGCACAAGCUUUUUAAUGCAUGUCCUUCUCAGGUUUUCCUAUGUGUAUGUGGGAGUAGCUCUGUAGAUGUGUUUAAUAUGAUGCUGUACCUUGAAUAUUUCAGAUGUUUCUUUGCUGCUGAAAAAAUGUUGAUUAUUAACCUGCCAGUGAAAAAGGGAAGUGGCCAUCUUUGUACAACACACUGCUGUUUUGCUGUAACCGCGCAAUGUUUUAUGAUCUUGAGUAUUUUAUAGAAAAGUAGAAGUAUGUAUCAAUAAUAUGAAAGCAAUAGCUAAAUCAUAAUGAAGAAUAACAUGAUCAGUGAAUAUUGUGGAAAAUCUUUAGAUUCACUCUGGGUGGAUUUUGUACUGUAUUUAUUACUAAUGAUGAUGCAAAAAGUUGCAUAGCUUAACCCAAACUGUUCUGUCUCUUUUUUAUUUAUUGUCUUGUAUAUGAUCUUUUUGUAUGUGUUUUUCAAAUAAACUGCCUAAAAUGCUGACAACUAA